AUGGCUUCACCGAGGACGAUAACAAUUGUGGCCCUCUCGUUCGCUCUUGGCAUUUUUUUCGUCUUCAUGGGCACCAUAAAGCUCACACCAAGAUUGAGCAAAGAUGCUUACAGUGAGAUGGUAAGUAAACCUUUAGCGACAAACCGCAUCUGCAGCUGGAAGCGAAAGCCAUUGUUCUGGCUAUGGACGCACUCAGGCUCUAAUGUGCUGUGCGCGGCUGACCCCCAUUCGGAUCAUUAAAUAAAAUAGCCAAUAAUAUCUAACUGAUACAUACGAUUUGAUUGUAGGUUUUGUUUCAAUCGUGGGAAUUUAUUUAAGCAAGCAAGAACAUGAUGGUACCUGCUGCAUUUUUAUAUAGCCUAUAAUAGGCUAAAUUAUUUAUUGAAGUCUGACGAUAGAAAAACAUGACUUUUGUGACAGAAAAUAAAAUAUUACCUCUAGGCAUUUCAGAUAAGCCCACAUAAUAGAAAUCGAAUGCAUUGGCUACAGGCCAAAGUAAAUAGGCCUGUUUGUUUGAAAUAAGAGAAAAUUGAUAUAGGCUAACAGUAGCCCACACAUUUGUUCAGUAGUGUUUUAUGGCAAAUUAUUUGUUAUUAUUAGCCUAAUAUGCCUUAAAACGGUAUUUGAAGGUACAUUUUAGCCUAGGCAAUGGCAGCGCAUGCGAACAAAUUCUGGUGUGCACUAGCGGACUAGUCGAUUAAACUCUUUAUGAUGGAGUUGAGCAGCGACUAGUGUGGGCGGUCUGGAGCUCCGACAUCAAUACAUUUUUCUGUGAAAUUGCAAGCUAUUCUUUGAGUGCUGAAAUCAGUAGAUUUUUGUUAAAAACUGCCUUUUAUGUGAUGUCGGAGCUCCAGUCCGCCCACCCUAGCCCCCACUCAUCUCCAUUGCAAAUCGUGGAGUUGAGUUUAAUCAGCUAGGGGUGGACCUGCGAGUGUGGGGCUGAUGUUGAGCCUCUCCUUACCAGUGGCGUUAAUGCUCAUCUGUGCUCUGCUCGUCAUUCAUGUAUGUUCUAAUGUAAUUUUUAUUCCUUAUCAGCGGAGCCUUGUCCUGCAGCGAAACAGUUAAUUCAGCCUCAUUUACUGCCUUUAAAAAAAACAUGGUUGACUUGCUUAAACAAAUGUGGUUUCUACUGACAAUUGAGAUGUACACACUAUGGCAUAAGUGGACCACGAGCGGAUAAGAGGCAAUCCGUAAUUUCGAUUAAGACAUUAAUGAGUGAGCUAGGACGGACGUAGUCAAUAUAACUAUUUGUUCAGCACUUUUGAAAUGUACAGCGACAGAAUUCAGAACAUGGGCCGUUCUUACAGUAUUCUCCCUGGACACCAAGUCAGAACCGUAGGAUAAAUAAAUAAAGGGGGCAUAUAAGCAGACAAUGAAAGCUCUUACAAUAUUCAAUGAUUACAUUUAUCUAAAACAGGCUAUAGGCUACAUGUGCACCACCAAGUCAGAACAGUAGGCUAAAUUAUGAGGGGCAAAGGAACCAAAUGAUUAGGGUGAGGCACAUGGGCUACUAACAGCUUACUACACAACAUACAUUUAGUAUUACUUUCUUAGCUACAGUAUACAUAUCUCCCUGGCAUAUUGCAUCAUUUAUGCAGCAGCAUACAAUAAAUGUUUGUAUGCUGCACUCACUUGAACCUUGAACAGGAAGGUGGAGCAGCGGUCCUUCGUGGGCAAAUUUUGUCAUCAAACUUUGUCAUCAAAGUCUGCCAUUCUCUGGAUUUAUGGUGCUUUCAAGACAACUGGAAACUCUGAAAAAACAAGGUUGAAUCAUGACGUCAGUGAUCUUCAGGUCGGCGCUCUAGAAAGAGGCCUGAGUUCCCGACUUGGAAUUCCGAGUUGGAUGACCGUUCAAAAUGUAUUUUCCCAGUCGGAGCUCACUGAAGUCUGAGAUUUCCCAGUUCCGAGUUUCCAGUUGUUUUGAACACGGCAGAAGUCAUGCUGGAUUGACAACAUGGCCAAUUUAUCCAACCUUUUAUGGCCCAUGGUGUUGAAUAUUUAUCCUUUUAAGCUUGGAAAAGAGACCCUUAAACCCAGACUUGGACCACACACCCACUCCACUGAAUAGCAGGCUAGUGAUUGCUUUGCAACGCUUGCAGUUAGCCACUGAUUCCUUCCAAACCACUCAUUGUUGAAUUUGCGAUUUCAAACUUAUUGUGUAAUGUUAAUGUCCAAUGGCCGAUGAGUUUAAUCUAUAAUUCAUUUUCAUAAUUUCUCUUCAUAUGACAAGGAUUGAAAAGGAUUUGCCAGUAGAUUGCCGACUUGAUUCAUGAUGAUGACUGCUAGCUUGCUAGCUAAGAUUUUUAAAGUAUGAUGUUGACAUGAUCAGUCCAAUCAAAGCUAUGGUAGAUAUAACGUGAUUUGUUGUCAUUUUAUCUGUGGCCAAUGACCUUGAGCCUUCUUGGAUGGGCACUUCUAAUGUAACUCUAUGGCAGCACCCAAGGGGCUUGAAUUUUCUAGCUCUACCCAUAGACUUUGCGGGGAUGUAGUGUCCACAUGAGUGACAGAACACUGAGCCAAUCACGGCGCAACUAGAGAACAUUACCAACCCCUACGCUCUGUAGUUUCCGCUGGCUGCCCCACCACCACAGAAAGCACUGAGCUAGGCUGAAACACCUACAUUUUGGAGCUGCCUUACUCAAGAAAUAAAAAAAGAGACCAUGUUUGUAUGCGGCUUUAUUAAUUCAAAGAUGCCAAAAUAACAUGCAAAACAUAUAUUUGUUAGUUAAACAGCUCUGCCUCACCUACCCUGAAUGACGGGUCGCCACUGGUCAGUGUCAUGAUUGUAGAUAAACUGGUAGGCCUAGACAUGGCGCUAUUGGCUCCAAAUGUAUCGUCUCACUCCAACUUUUGAUGUAGAAUUGAAACUUCCUUAAAGGUUCUACAAAUCUGAGAAAUUAUAUACUGUAGCCUGUAGUAUACCACUAAUAAUGAAUAAGUUCUCUCUUUGAUAUCAAUGCAAAUGAAUGCUGAAAUGUUCUCUCUCAUGUUUUUUUAGAAAAGGGCAUACAAAAGCUACGCAAAGGCCUUGCCAGGUCUAAAGAAGAUGGGCAUCAGUUCGGUGCUGCUCCGUAAGAUCAUUGGCUCACUGGAGGUGGGCUGUGGUGUGGUUCUGACGUUGGUGCCAGGGAGACCCAAGGAUGUGGCUAACUUCCUGCUCUUGCUGGUCAUGCUGGCGGUCCUCUUCUUCCACCAGCUAGUAGGAGACCCCCUGAAACGAUACGCUCAUGCUCUGGUUUUUGGUAUUCUGCUCACCUGCCGACUGCUCAUUGCCCGGCAGAGUGAGGACCGGCCCGAGAGGGAGGAGAGCAGGGAAGAACACAUAAAUGUCCAGGAAAAGAACAAAGUCAAAAAGUCCUAA